ACGCCAAGGACUACAGUUCCCAGUGCGCAUCGCGGCAGCCGGAGCCCCGUUAGGCCUACCACUCCCAGCACGCUCCGGGGGCACGACAGGGGUGCGUGGGCGUGGCGCCGCGCAGUGCAUGCCGGGAGCUGUAGUUGGCCCCGGGGGCGGUGCCGUGCCGGAGCCGCCAUGCCGGAGGGAACGGGAGCGCUCCGGGAGGUGCUGCCCAAGCAAGGGCAGCUCUCGGUGGAGGACACGGUCGCCAUGGUGCUGUGCAAGCCCAAGAUCCUGCCCCUCAAGUCGGUGUCGCUGGAGAAGCUGGAGAAGCUGCAGAGGGCGGCGCUGGAGGCGGCCCAGCCGCCCGAGGCAGCCCCGCCGCCGUCCGCGGGGGCCGCGCCGCCCCGGCAGUAGCGCGGGGAGGGUCGCGCCCGGCGGCCCCCGCGAUCGGCGGCACCGCUGUCAAACGGGGCCGCGCAUUCACGUGUGGCCUGAGCGCAGGCGGUGCUGGGCGGGGGGGCCGCGCGUCGGGCGUUCUUGCUGUAGAAGUUGCGCUGGUCGCUGCCCACGGCGAUGUUUUAAACGCGUCUUAGAGGUACCAGAACCCCUUGAAAGUGGGAGGAGGCGAGUUCCACAACCCCCUGCUCCAAGCCGGCCUUACCAGACUCGCUCGAGUACUGAAGCGCUUGGCUUCUAGAGCAUAGCGUCUUCCGGCCCUGGAAUGGCUAUUCCCAGCAUUUCAGAACACUUGAAAUCUUUACGUGAAACUAAAAAACAAA